AUGAAGAAUUACAGAGGCCACACUACUACAAAAAAGAGCAUUACCAACGGCCAAACCGUUGGUAAUUCAUUGCUAAGAGGUUUUACCAACGGAAUUGCAACAGAUCAAUAUAUGCCGGUUUUGCCGUCGGUAAUUAGUAAAGGAUUACCGAUGGAUAUGUUUUUGCAGCGGAUUACCGACAUAAUGUGUUUGCAAGUGAUUACCGACGGAACUGCUUUGACGUUCGACCCACCUUACUUUCUCUCUACGGUCGAUAUGGAAGAUGUUAUUGUUGACAAUCAUGUUGAGGUUGACAAUGAACAAAGUGAAAGUGAUGAUUCAACUGAAGAAGUUGAAGCACCAAAUGAAUCACAAGGAGUUGAGAGUACUUCUUCAAAGAAAAGGAAAACAAGGACAUCAACUUCAGAUGUUUGGAAAAGCUUUACUAAAUUACCAAGAAAAACACCAAAUGAAGCCAUAUAUUGUGUGUGCAACAAAUGUGGUCAAAAAUAUAAAGCAGGAAGUGAAAGCGGUACCGGUAAUCUACGUCGCCAUCGAAGGAGAUGUGAAGAAAAUAAUACUAGAGACAUUGGUCAAUAUAUGAUUUCCGAAAGCAAAGGUGUAAUGGAUUUGAGAAAUCCAAAGUUUAGUCAAGAAAGACUAAGGGAAUUGUUGAUUGAAGCUGUUAUUUGA